AUGUCUGCCUCCGUGCCACCCUCUCAGCUUUACCUUCACCAGGCUCGCGAUAGCCCGAGCUCCAAGGAAUGCAUGGAUAUCUAUGACAAAUGGGCCGCAACAUAUAAUGCCGAAGUUGGAGACUCUGCUCAGUCAUACGUUGCUCCUGUUCUUGCCGCUCAAGCUGCUAUCAAAUACAAGGCUGCUAAAUCACCUGCUGAUAGCGUGAUCCUUGAUGCCGGAUGUGGAACUGGCCUUGUUGGACAAGCCCUUGCUAUCUCAGGCGCACGAGCAAUCGAUGGUAUUGAUUUGUCUCAGCCUAUGCUGGAUAUUGCACGCGAUACUGGUGCCUACCGAGACUUGGCCCAGGCUGAUAUGAACCAGCCAAUUGCACAGAAGGACGACACUUACGAUAUUGUAUCAUGCGUUGGUACUUUCACUCUUGGUCAUGUUGGACCCGACCCUGCCCUCAGGGAACUCGUCCGCGUUACCAAGCCAAAGGGUAUUGUUGUCGCCACAAUUCUUCAGCAGAUCUGGGCCCCCGGUGGGUUCGAAGCUGAGGUAGAGAAGUUGAGGGCAGAGGGUGUGGUGGAUGUUCUUUCCAAGGACUUGAUAGAUUAUGUAAAGGGACACGGCGACAAAGCAGUGCUGCUUAUCAUUCAAAAAUCCCAGCGCGCCUGA